AUGACCGAGCUUCUUGACCUGUGUUAUGACGUUCUAAUCUGUGUCCUUGAAGAAAUCGAUCCGUCCGACCUUGCCGCCUGUGCACAGACCAGCGUGGGCUUCAAUGAGUUCCUCAAGAAGAACACACGGUUAUACAAGGCACACUAUUUAAAAACAUUUGACGACCCUCGUCAGAGACCGGACGACCCGGAGCCUGAUUGGGUGGUAGAACUUCAGAGAGCAAUACGAUGUCAGAAGAUACUGGGAUCAGGAAGCAACGAUGUGAAGCGAGAUGAGUUUGAAUUUGUAACCAAGACGGUCCUCUCCCUGGUCGCCACUGCGUCAACUGACAAGCUGGGCGUCUCAAACAACCAGCAGCUGCUGUCGAAUCUGUUCGAAUCUAUCACGCAAAAUCGGGAUGCAUUCAUGAGUCGAUCGUCGCUUUAUGCGCGUGCGGGGACAGUCCAUCAGAAGCCCGCCAAGGAUGAAGAAGGCCGCCAGCUGAGUGCGAAGCUGCAGUGCUUGUUUGGCAUCACAUCGACGACCAGCGGAAGGAGAUCGCUCCAGACUCACCCGUAUGCGCGGUCGAUGGUAUACGACCUGCGCAAGUACACCGACGAGAACGAGUGGGGCCCGUUUCGCGACGACGGGAGCAUGAGAGUCGACUGGGAGAUGCUCGAGAGCAUCAUGAUCGUGCUGGGCUACAGCUCGAAUCUCUGCUGCCGUCGCUUUCUGUCCAGAUUCCGACCGCCAUGGACGCACCCGUUCGAAGGAGUCAUCCCGGAGCGUGCAUCAAUGCUACCGCCGUAUCCAACGGCACUGCCCCGCGAAAUCAACGUCCCGCUCCGCCUCAAAGACCCCUACAACGUGACGGGCGUGUGGUCGCGCAUCGUCUGCUUCCUCGACUACAACGACCUGUACCACUUCAACUUUGGCGAGGAGGCAGUCCGCUGGCCAUCGGACCAGCCGCGCGACCCAACGGCGAGAGAAGAAGCAAUCCGGCACAUCAUGAUGGACAUCAAAGUGACGUCGGUCGAGGCGGCGGGCGCGUCCGACCAGCCCGGCAUGCCUGUUGUGCACUUCAGCGGCAAGUCGCGGUCGGUCGAAGCGUCGUGGGACCCGAACGCGAACUCGGGGAUCCGCGGGUCGGUGCGCGUCACGCCCGAGGGAGAGGUGCGGUGGCAGACGAUCAGCGUGUUUCACGGCGGAGAGGAGCGAUGGCGGUCUGACGGGAUUCAGGUCGGCGGCUUGCGGGCGCAGAGAGGUGUGAUUGGGACGUGGUUUGACAAGGACUUUGAUGCGCAUGGGCCGGCGGGACCGACUGCGUUUUGGAAGAUCAGCGAUCAGAAUCUGGUGGAGGACGAGGAUGAUUUCUGA